UCACUUGUGCUACUUGUAGUGGUUCACUCAGCUCUGCUCUGUUCACAAAGUACUGAGCUCUGGACGGAUAGUCAGCAGGAUUCGUUCCAAUAAAUACUGUGACUUUAGCGCUCACAAGUCAGUCGCAAACAUUCUCUUGAUUUCAUCAGCGAGCAUUUUCUCGAGUUUACAAGCAGAGAUCUUGUGUCGCUAGCAGCAGAAAGAUGGCAACUUCGACUCUUCCCGGCACCGAGGUGGAAAUCUCAAAGGUUUGUCUCGGCUGCUGGCAAUUCGGCGGUACGCAAGAUGCCCCUGAUGCCACAUGGGGCUCUAUGGACCAAAAAGCAGCUAACGAUAUUGUCGCCAGAGCCAUAGAUGACGGUGUGACAAUAUUCGACACCGCUGAGGGAUACGGCAACCACCAGUCUGAAGCAGUCCUGGCAGAGGCACUCGGCUCUCGACGCCGAUCUCAGGGUCUGCAGAUCGCCAGCAAGUUUGGCCGCUUCAGCGCACAGGGCCCGCACAAAUUCACCGAUGUCGACAUUGAGCAGUCACUCGAAGCCAGUCUCCGUGCUCUAAAGACCGACUACAUAGACCUUUACCAGGUCCACUGGCCAGUUAACAUGCUCUCCGCAGAGAUCACAGUCAAGGCACUGGAGCGUGCUAAGGCGCAGGGGAAGAUCCGCAACUACGGCGUGUCCAACUUCGGUCCUCAGAACCUCAAGGACUUUGUGGCGGCUGGCGGACGUCCCGUGACGAACCAGGUGCCCUACAACUUGCUGAUGCGCGCCGUGGAGUGCGACAUCAUACCGGCAUGCCGCGAGAACAACGUCGCAAUCCUGGCCUACUCGCCGCUGCAGCAGGGUCUGCUGACCGGCAAGUUUCACAAGCCAGAGGAUGUACCGGAGGGACGCCGCAGAACCAGGCACUUUGCCGGAACCAGCACUUCACUAUCACGCCAUGGCCAGGCGGGCUUUGAGAAGCUGACGUUUGACUCCAUCGCCGCUGUACGUGAGUACACGGCAGCAAACCUCAGCUGCUCCAUGGCGACCGCGUCCCUCUCCUGGAUUGCCGGCCAGAGCCAGGUUGCGGCGUGCAUUGUCGGAGCACGCACGCCGGAGCAAGUGUCGCAGAAUGCCAAGCUGGCCACCCUAACUGAGGAGCAACUUGCAAAGAUGUCCGCCAUGACAGACGAGCUGAAGACGGCGAUGGGAAACAACGCUGACAUGUGGGCGGCCGAGUCCCGAAUGGCGUAAACUGCUCUGUGUGCGUGUGCCUUGUCCCCAUGAGUUAAUGCAGCCUGCGUAAUGUCCACGUUGCAGCUGGGGACAACAUACUGUUGCGUGAUGAAGAACUAUGUGAUCAAGUGUAACAAUGAUCGUGGCAGCCAUUUUCAUUCACUGAGUACAUCUUCACCGUUUCUUGGAGUUUUUGUUUGUUUUCUCAUUGACAUCAUUUCCCCCUAACCUGGAUGUGCAAACUUUACUUUACUAUACUGUUAGGUAGCAAGCCUCCCUUUGAGACAGAGCAGGUCUCUGAAUGAUAAUAUUCCGAAUUGGCUAAUGGCCUCCUUAA